AUGACCCCAUCAGAUAUUAAUGUCAAUCCCUGGACACACAUGUUCUAUAGCUUUGCUGGUAUUGACACGGGCGACUCGACCAUCGAGACCAUAUACGACUUGGACGAUAUAUACAUUGAACAAAUGAAUGACCUCAAAAAGAAGAAACCUUCCUUGAAGACGUUCAUUUCCGUUGGUGGCUGGGAUCUUGGAGGCGAACCAUUCUCAGACAUGGUUCGCUUUUCCGGGCUGCGCAAGUCAUUUAUUGAUUCCGUUAUAUCUUUCAUGGAUGACCGCGGCUUCGAUGGAAUUGAUAUUGACUGGGAAUACCCGGCUGCUACAGAUCGAGGUGGUCGUGAUGAGGACACGAAAAAUUUCGUGACAUUUAUGAAGGAGCUGAAGGAAGCUUGUGACGGGUCCUAUAGCAUCACUGCAACCUUGCCUACUUCUUACUGGUAUCUGAAAGGGUUUGAUGUAAGAGGACUGUCAAAAUAUGUCGACUACUUCAACUUCAUGGCAUACGAUAUCCACGGCACCUGGGAUGGAAAGACAAAGUGGACAGAGUCAGAUAUCAACCCCCAUACCAACCUCACUGAGAUCAAGGAUGGAUUGGAUCUCUUGUGGCGCAAUGAUGUCGAUCCUUCCAAGGUGCUGCUUGGUCUUGGAUACUAUGGGCGCUCGUUCACAUUGAAGGAUCCUAGCUGUGAUACACCAGGAUGUGCAUUCGACAAGACCGAAGACUCUGCAGGUGGUGGAAAAGCUGGUAAAUGCACGAACACAACUGGCAUUUUGACCGAUUACGAGAUCGAGCGGGUCAUCAAGCAGUAUAAUCCUGAUGUGACUUAUAACGAACAAGCUGCGGUCAACUGGAUGACUUGGGAUUCAAAUCAAUGGGUCUCAUUUGACAACGCGAAGACAUUGAAGCAAAAGGCCGACUUUGCUAAUGAGAAGUGCCUCGGGGGCCUUUUCGCAUGGUCCAUUGAAGAGGGUGGACCUGGCACCACGGCGAACCCCAAUGACCUUGACCCCAAAGAUACAUCCAUGACUGGCGCAAGUACAGAUGGAAGUGAUUCAGGCAGUGGUAACUUCUAUGUCGAUGGGGACGUCGCCAAACCAAAGGGUUCAAAUACUGCAACCGCUAUCGCCCCAGUCAAUCUGAUUGUGGCUCCAUCCUCAUUGUCUACACCAACCACUAUUUCAGUUGGACCUUUAGUGACACCCAUCGAAGUUGCCUGGACGACAACCAAGACCGUGACAGUCUCGAAUAAACCAACCGUCACAACUACCGUCACUCGCACCAUUCAAACAACCACAUUCUCGAUUCCUUCCAUCACUGCCAGCAGCAUUCCGUGGUGGAACUGGAAUAUCACCGGAACUGACGACACCUCAAGUUCCAAGACCCUCUUCCCUAGCUUCUCCCUGGAUUCGUUUACAUUCAGGAACACUCUGAGCUACCAGCAGACGCAGACGCAGAGUGGCAUCAAUGGCAGUUACGUGACUAUUACAGGCUCUGAGGACCGCACUUUCUUCCCUCCUCCUUGGCCCUGGUCUACAACUUCUUUGCCUGUCGAUGUUCCCACGCCAGUGAUCACAUGGACACAGGGCGGACCUCCAGCGCCUACCUGUACUUCAAACUGUGGCAGUGAGUGUAAAUCUUUCUGUGAUGCGCCUUGCUUGACGGAUUGCGAUGAUACAGUCUCGAACGACAACUGGAAGGACCCCGAAGACCCUGACCCACCAUCACACUCCCGAUGCAGCGGCCCAGACUGCAAGGGCGGAAAAUGUAUUGGGCCUCUUUGUGUUAAGAGAGGCUGCACCGGUACCGAUUGCGAUGAGUCUACUCAUACAUGUCUCGGAUCAGACUGCCAUGUCACCAGCUGCAUUGGUACUGAUUGCACCGAUUCAGGAGAAUGUGACGGCGACGACUGUGACACUACCGGAUGUGAAGGCGAUGACUGUAACGGAUCUGGACAGUGCACUGGCCCAGACUGUGUAUCUCUUGGCUGCAUCGGUGCCGACUGCGAUCCCCAGACUGGAGAAUGUACCGGGUCUGAUUGCAGCAAAGUUAGCUGCUCGGGUUCAAACUGCGAUGGGGGCAAAUGCACUGGCGAUGGAUGUGAGUCGGAAGACGAUGACUGCGACUCCAAGGAAGCAGAUACUUGCACAGAGUACAUUUCCUCUUCUAUGGUCUCCUCAGGUUACACUACGGAAACAUCCACCAUGUGUCAAACCAUCACCGCCUGUGAUGCCAAAUCCACCACUACAACAUCCACAAUCACCUCCAAUAGUACCGUGAAGGCUGCGUAUCGCUUCUAUAGUCGGACUAUUGAUGAUGCUGCUAUCACGAGUCAGGCUAGCAUCAUCGACGACGAUUUCUCCUCGCUAUAUACCACCACCCCCACCACCAUCAGCACGUCUAGCACAUCAACAGAGGCGACAACGACCACUAGCAACAAAUACAAGCCAUCCGAGUCCGCAAGUACAUGUGGCCACGGCCAGACUAUGUGUCAUCUUUUCGUCAGCAACCUACAUGGGUUCUGUGAUGUGGCCAAGAGUUAUAUCAGAGGCGAUGAUAUCUACGGAACCACAAGCGGCAAAAAGACCGGAGAAUGCUAUACUGAUGGCAAGCACGCCUCGGGUGGGUGCGGAGUCUUCAUCAAGGGCGACGGCUGCGAAGUCAAGGGCACUACCAUGCAAGCUGCCUACGAUCACAUUUUCGAUGACUGCAAUCAGGCUUGUGGCCAUAUGGUCUUUGAUAACGGUUGCGAAAUGAAGGUUGACUAUGUCACCGGCUGGAAACGGAAGUACGUUGACACAACACUCAGUCUCACUACUCCAAGCUCGAUUCGUUAUCAUGCUUCCAUCGCGAAAUCAUGUAGUGAGGGAUUGCAAUUUGACGUGACUGGCCAGAUGGGAAUUAACUUCAGCGUUGAGAAUGGUCUGCCUGGGUGGAAGAGUGGUUCUUACAACUGGAAAACAGCCUCCCCAAAGACAAUCUGGUCCGGUUGCGUGCCUUUCAGCAUGCUGGCACAGCGCUCCCUAGAAGGAAAGAUGGCUCCCGAUUCUCUGCUGCCUCGUUCGACCACUGGCUCAACCAUCAAGAUACCGGAGGCCUCACUUUCUACGUGUGCAAUCUCCACCAAAGGAAUCUAUUGUGCCGACCCGGGCGAUAAGGAACAUAACUGUGACUUGAACACCCUGUACGAAGACUUUGACUUUGUGGGGGAGGAAGACAGUUCCCUGAUGCGACGGGGGAAUAUCGAAAAACGAGCAGAGAAGAGACUAUCCUACUGCACUGAAAAGGGGAAAAGGGGACAAACCACGACGUUUUCAGGGUUCGGAAAGGGAAAUCUUAUUAAAUUCAGCAACUUCCCCUCUUCGGGCGAGCUGGUGAAGAAAUACCCAGACGUGGCCACAUACGAUGCGGAAGACUCCAAAGACUGUAUGAAUCUGCGCCUCAUGAAGCUUUCACAAACCCCUACAAAUCCCACAGACAAAACAGGGCGAUCGUACCAUAGUGAACAUGUUCUGGAGGCCCAAACUGUGCAGAGGUUCUUUAACCACCUUGGGCAGCAAUGGUCCAACAAAAGACGGGGCGACCCCAAUCCAAAUGCUCGCGUGUACCCCGAUCCCCAAACGGGUAUUGACGGCGAUGUGACUUGGUGCGCGUAUAUGAAACUCUGGUGGGAGGCGCGCUGGAACGCCAAUGAUAAGUUGGGGAGCCAGUUUCCCGGUAAAUAUGAACAUACUGAGGAGUUCGUUCUCUACGAGAGUGUACUGAACCAGAAUGUCAAGCAAGGAUGGUUUUCUGGAGACAAUUUUUAUCAUUCGGACGUUAUUGGCAACCAUGCAAAACAAGGAGAUUGGGAUGAAUUUUCCAAAGAUCUCAAAGUCCACAUUCUUGCUUGGCAGUACUACUAUGUCCAGGAGAUCAAGGACAUACUGGUUAAACAAGCCCAUAGAAUCGAGGCGAAACUGCGCAGUUUGGAAGACGACGAGAUACAGGUCAAUGUCGGUGGUUUGUAUAACAGAGUGUACAUUCCACAAGGGUUUGCAGAGCUUUGGAAAGACUGGGUAGAGUCCGAACAUCAACGUGCUCAGGUAGAAGUGAGGAAGUUCCUGAAGAAAUGGGCCCAGAAGGGCCGCGACCUCAAUCGACCGCAACCGAAAGAUCAGGAGAAACUGGCGCCUGAGGAGGCAGUGCAGUCAGAUCCGGUACUUAUCAAACGGUUUGAGUACUACUUGAAGUUUGUCAACGACUUGCAUCCAUGGAAUAUUGACUGGAACUGGGGUGACGGCUCUGACGGCGACCCAAUGGAUACCGACUCUGAUGGUGACCCAAUGGAUACUAGCUAG